AAAAUGAACGUAGGAGUCGCCCACAGCGAGGUAAAUCCAAACACGCGGGUGAUGAACAGUCGCGGAAUGUGGCUGACCUACGCGCUGGGAGUCGUCAUGCUGCACAUCGUCUUGCUCAGCAUUCCUUUCUUCAGCGUCCCUGUUGCCUGGACCUUAACAAAUGUGAUUCACAACCUGGGAAUGUAUGUGUUUUUACAUGCAGUAAAGGGGACUCCUUUUGAAACACCUGAUCAAGGGAAAGCUAGGCUGCUGACACACUGGGAACAGCUGGAUUAUGGAGUACAGUUUACAUCUUCAAGGAAAUUCUUCACAAUCUCUCCUAUCAUUCUGUAUUUCCUGGCCAGUUUCUACACCAAGUAUGAUCCAACACACUUUAUCCUCAACACAACCUCCCUCCUGACCGUGCUUAUCCCCAAGCUGCCACAGCUGCAUGGCGUUCGAAUCUUUGGCAUCAAUAAGUAUUGA